CGCCAAAAGAAGAUCAACGUCUCCUUAUUUAUACUCUUUUAUUUCUUCAAUCUCUUCUUCGACGCUGCCUUUUGUUCAGAAAUCCAUCAUUUUCUCUCUUUCUCUCCUUUUCUCCCUCCCUCCCUCUCACUCUGCGCGUCUCUCUAUCUGUACAGCUCCAUUGAAUCUAAGAAAAGUAUAGCAUAAACUAAGCCACAGAUUAGAAGACAGAAAUACUGGGUCCUAGCUUCUACGUACGUACCAUAUUAUAUAUAUUCUAGCAAGGAGGGAAACAGAAACGAAACAGAAAAAGAAAGAACGAUCAGGACGCAUGCACGAAUGGGCUGGAAAGAGCAGCGAAAGACUUCUGGGUUUGCGAGAUUCUUGUUGCUGAUCAUUUUACUAAUUUUAGCUGCGGCAUAUGGAACGACGUCUGCAUAUGGAUCAGGAGAGACGAAAGGGCCGGCAGAAGUAGUAUCGCAGCCAGCGGCGACGGCGCAUAGGAACGCGUACGCGACGAUGAUGUACAUGGGGACGCCGAGGGACUACGAAUUCUACGUGGCUAUCAGAGUUAUGUUCAGAUCCCUCGCCAGGCUCCGCGUAGAUGCCGAUCGCGUCGUCAUUGCCUCCAUGGACGUGCCUCUCCGAUGGGUCCAAGCUCUGGAACAGGAAGAUGGGGCAAAGGUGGUGAGAGUUGAAAAUCUGGAUAAUCCAUACAAGGAUCAGUCCAACUUCGACAGGAGAUUCAAGUUGACAUUGAACAAACUCUACGCAUGGCGCCUGGUCGAAUAUGACAGGGUUGUCAUGCUCGAUGCUGAUAAUCUCUUCCUUCAGAAAGCUGAUGAGUUGUUCCAAUGUGGACAGUUUUGCGCUGUCUUUAUCAACCCUUGCAUCUUUCACACUGGACUCUUUGUCUUGCAGCCAUCAAUGGAGGUGUUCAAGGACAUGGUUCAUGACUUAGAGAUAGGAAGAGAGAAUCCAGAUGGUGCAGACCAGGGUUUUAUUUGCGGAUACUUUCCGAAUUUGCUUGAUCGCCCUAUGUUCCAUCCACCCCCCAACCGCACCAAGCUUGAUGGAACCUUCAGACUUCCAUUGGGCUAUCAAAUGGAUGCUACUUACUAUUAUCUUAGACUCCACUGGAGUGUACCGUGUGGACCCAACAGUGUGAUUACAUUCCCAGGUGCACCAUGGUUGAAGCCAUGGUACUGGUGGUCCUGGCCUGUCCUGCCCUUGGGCAUUUCAUGGCACGAACAGCGUCGUCAAACACUGGGGUAUGCUGCAGAGAUACCUGCAAUCCUCAUACAGUUUGCAAUUUAUGUAGGAAUAAUAAUAAUGACUCGUCUAGCACAGCCCAGCUUCUCCAAGAUAUGCUACCGGAGAUCAGAGAAGAACAUCUCCUUUAUACAAACAGGGCUCAAAGUAAUCGCAGUGUGGUCUAUUCUUGCCUCCUAUGUGGUACCCUUCUUCAUUAUUCCGCACACAGUUCAUCCACUGCUAGGCUGGACCAUAUACUUGUUUGGCUCUUUUGGACUCUGCUCCAUAGCCAUUAAUGCAUUUUUACUGCCAAUGCUACCGGUUCUGGUGCCGUGGCUUGGGAUCUUUGGGUCCCUUUUGGUCAUGGCGUUUCCUUGGUACUCAGAUGGAGUUGUAAGAGCUCUGGCAGUCUUUGGCUAUGCAUUUUGUGCUGCACCAUUCGUGUGGGUAGCGAUGGUCAAGGUCAUGGCAUGCCUUCAAGUCUCACUGGAAAGGGAAGCCUUCUUCCCAAAACUGGGUGAAUCUUCCCCUCCUCCAGGGUUCAACAAGUUAUAUUGAGUAUGAAGUUUCUGAUUAUGAUCUGAAUGAACCGAUGCCUGGGACAACGGAGAAAUUUGGACAGAUACCGGAGACAUGUGGGAUUGAAAUGAGGAGCUUUGCUUUGCAUGGGCUUCCGUGGUUUCUUCCAGGACAGAAGUUUGGUGAUGGAUUAAGCAAGAUGGGGGGAUUAUUUCACUCUCCCAAGGGCACAUUGGCAAUGGAAAUCAUACAUGAUUGUUAUAAUUAAUUGACUUUGUUGUAAUAUUUUUUUUGUUUGUGAUAAUUUUUUACAAGUUUUGUCCAUAUAAAGCUUCGCCCCUUCUUUU